AUGGGGAAUAAGAAGCACAUGCUUUCAAAGCUCCUUUUUGCUUGUUUUGUGUAUGAAGGUGAUAAUAUGAUUUCAGUUGGAGGAGUGGUGAUUAUGUUUAGUUUUCUGGUGGUGGCAUGUGCUAACAGUGGACCGGAGGGUGAUGAAAAGGGUAAGGGCAAGGCACUGACACAAAGUGAUGCAAAUGCCAUCUGUAGUAUAGUUAGGAAGCUGAGGGAGCUGAGGAACAAUGUGACACAUAAUAUGAAAUUCGGGGAGAAAAUAGUGGACGAGGCUGAAGACGUGAAAAGUUACUACGGCGCGAAAGUUAUGUCUAAGAAAAUGCUGGUGAGCGUGUUGGAGAAAGUAAUGGCAGAAGAAAAGUCAAGUUUCAGUGGGAUGGAAAGAAUCCUGGAGAAGAUGGGGGAACUGAGGGAUGGAUUAGGGAAGACAAUUACGAGCAUGAAUGCUUCACUGCGGGCUAUGAGGUUGCCAUCGUGGAACCUUGUAAAUAUAUCGGACUCAUAUGCGUACUGGAUUAAGGAUAUGGUGGAUUUUUUUCACUAUGCAGCGUUUAGCCCCGGGAGUUGCUGUCUUGUGGUAGAUGGAGGGUCAAUGGAAGAUUGUCCCUUUGACCGAAAACGAGGAAUAGUUCCCAGAGACUGCAUAGUUGAGCCACCACAGCACAGCGAGGGUAGCCUUGCUGAGUAUGAAAAUCCUCUUAAUACAGAACUCAGUUUGACUAUGGGAAAUUCAGGAAACUACGGUAAAACCCCAAAUAGUUACGGUUGCUACAUCACAAGCACCGCAGGUGGCUUUAAUACAAAGAAAUCCUUUAUAAAUGAACUUUCAGGAGGACUCUUUUACACACAGAAUAACAACGUCGUUGCCAACUUCAGUUCUGUUGGAAAAGAAUUUCAGGAACUAAUCGAUCAACUGAACACUAGUAUCAGCGACAUUUUCACGUGGAACACAUCUAUCACAGGUCAACGAACUAUACUCCACAGCUUGUUACUGAGGUUUGAGGAAGAAGUUGGAGAUAUCCUUAAAAGGAAAAAGAGAGUCAUGGAUGUUACGAAAAGAUUAGGAAGCAUAGAAGAUGUUUCCUGGUAUGAUAAUGAGAGUUAUGAGAGUGAUGGUAUGAGCAAGAAACCAAAUCUAUCAGAAGUGGCUCUGCUUCUUUUCGUCUUUUCUGUAUUUUGGAAAUAG